AUGAGAAACUAUUUAUUAUUUAUUUUCGGUUUAAUAUUAGGAGUGUCUUUAAGUUUUUAUUUACCGGUUAUUUUAAACACUUGCAGUUAUGUCACCCAAGAAUUAUCAACAUCGACAAUCGCAAAUCGCAUUUACAGUAUUCCCACAGUUAAAAAUAUCCUUUCCACAAAAGAGCCUCCAAAAACAAUACUCAGACCUAGAUAUUACUCUACAGAAUUAGGAAUUAAGGAAAAAAUACUCAUAGGCAUUUUAACGACUGAAGAAAAUAUACACACACGUGCCACAGCUAUUAAUAAGACUGUUACUCAUUUGGUCGAUAAGAUUAAGUUUUUUAUAACAGCUAAUAAUGUUAUUUCUGAUAUUACUUUAAAGAAUGUUGUGGGGUUCACAGAUUCUAGGGAAAUUCUUAAACCUUUUCAUGUUAUUAAAUAUGUAGUCGAUAAUUUUAUAGAUGAGUAUGAUUAUUUUUAUAUUGCUACUGAUGUUAGUUAUAUCGAUGCAAGGAAACUUGUAUCUUUGGUUGAAGGGAUAAGUGUUAGUCAUGAUGUUUAUAUGGGAGUUUUGUCUGAUGAAGACAGCUUGUAUUGUAAUUUAGAUGCCGGUAUACUCAUCAGCAGUAGCGUAUUGAAACAAUGUCGUGAUAAAUUGGAAUGGUGUGUCCAUAAUUCUUUUUCUGAUUCUCAUAGUGAAAAUUUGGGAAGAUGUGUAGCUCAUUCGACUCGGUUAAAAUGUGCUAAUACUAUACAGGGCCAAAACUACACUGGCUAUGAGUUAACAAGCCGACAAAUAAAUUAUGAAAAACUGAACAAAGAAGAUUCUUUUAACAAUGCAAUAACUGUGUAUCCAGUUCCGGAUACAUCUGAUGUCUUUGCACUUCAUGCAUACUUUACAAAACAACAUUUAGUGAAAGCAACAAAUAACAUAGCAAAAUUAAGACGACAGUUAGUGGAAGCUGCAAAAAAGGGCCCAACCGAAUCUCAAGAAUCUCCUUGGCCUGUUGGAAGUCAACCACACAAAAAGCCUGAGCUGCGUUAUGAUGUUAACAGAUGGAAUUAUUUUAAUGCAACACAUUUUUUGCUGCCAGACGAUCAUAAAAAUGCAGCUGUUAUACAUGGAGCUGAUUUACUAGAUAUACAAUAUGUUUUAAAUUCUACAGUUAAAUAUGCAAUGAACAAAAACAAAGACAUACAAUUUUUGCAACUUGUUGGCGGAUAUAGAAAGUUUGAUUCAUCAAGAGGAAUGGAUUAUAAAUUGGAUAUUUUAUUUAAGAACACUCAAAAUGCUGCACAGGAACUUAAAAGAUUUGAGAUAUUUAAACAGCUGGGAAAUGUAAACAUUCUAUCGACUCCAUAUGUGACAGAGAUGACAAGAAUAUCAUUAAUACUUCCCGUAUUUAGGCAUCAAAUAAAUAAUGCAAAAACAUUCAUGCAAAAUUAUGCUGAGACUUGUAUGAGCAAAAAGGAUAACACAUUUUUAAUGCUGGUUCUAUUAUAUGAAUACAAUGCACCCAGCAAAGGCAGCAGCGACAUAUACUUUGACUUAAAAAAAGAAGCCACAAUGUAUUCAACAAAAUUCAAGAGCAACGGUUCAAAAAUAGCAUGGGUCUCCAUACGUCUUCCAAAUGUUAAAUAUUACGAAGACUCCUUUGUUAAGAAGAAGCAAGACUAUGGUUUGUUCGAGACUAAUGAAAGUGUUAAUGGACCUUAUAUUAAAAGAGCUAGUCGCAGCACGAAUUUUGUGAAGCCUCAAAAAGUUGUUUUCCAUAAAGAGAAGAUGAUACAGGUUGCUGUCGUUGAUCUGGCUUUGAGGAAGAUCGGUUUGGAUAAUCUUGUGCUGGUUUGUAAUAUGAAGAUGAAUAUUAAGUCGGAGUUUUUGAACAGAGUAAGAAUGAAUACCAUAAAUGGUUAUCAAAUAUUCAGCCCAAUACCUUUCCACCUUUACGACAGUAAAAUAACAAAAGUUGAAGUUCAAGAUGUACAUAAAGAUUCUGGAUAUUUUGAUCCUGAUUAUUAUGAUGUGAUUUCAUUCUAUAGUCGGGAUUAUGUUAAUGUUCGCAAGCUGAUGGAAAAAACCUUCCCGAUCAUCAGAUCUGACAAAGACAUCUCUCUAUUGUUCCCCGAAGACCCUGCAGUGCUUCCAAACAAACUGAAAUCAAUCUUUGAGCUUUUUGUGGGAUAUUCCAUCAACAUACACUGUAUGAGAUCUAUUGAGCCAAAUUUAAUUUUAGAAUACGAAGAUAAUUGUCCGAUGCAAUAUAAGAAUAACGAAUUGGUAAUGUUUCAUGAAAUGGAAGAGUGUUUGCUGAGAGAUGGUUUUUCGAGUAAACUUGCACCAAAGAGUGUUUUGGCGAAUUUGAUUAUUGAGUAUAACUCGGUUAAAAGUGCCUAAUGGUAACAUUCAGAAGCAUUUAUUGAUUAUAUAUACACUGAGAUCUCAUUUUGCGUUGUAGAAUAUAAAAUAUAUGUAUAUAUUCAGUGGUACUUCGACUUUUUUUAAAUACG